AUGGCCACCCUUUGGGCUGGUAUCAGGAACAACUUUCGUGAGAACUUUGCAACGAAUCAAGCCGCUGUAUUGGUAGAUCGUGACGACGAUAGCUUUUAUACCAGAUGGAAAACCAUCCAAAAACUGGUUUUAAAGUACACUUCUUUCUAUGACCAGGUUCAAAACGGUCCUUCUCCCAGUGGCUCUGGGCCCAACGAAAUGAUUGACAGAGCAGACGUGCUCUUCGAAAAAGACGUUGAACCAAAGUUCAAGUCGAUGCUUGAGGUUUCUGCUAUCAAAGCAAAAGGAAAGCGAAAGGCAAUCAAUUCUUUAGCUGUGGAAAAUGACGUUGACGAGGUCCGACCCAUUGGUCGCAAGAAAGAGAAACGUUUGGCAAGCGGCGAAGGCUUAAAGGCCGCAAGUGAAAGUAGAAGUGCCAAGAACAUCGAGCUUUUGCUUGAAUGCAACAGGGAAAGGAUUAGAUUGUUACAGAUGACAAGAGAAGACGAAAUUAUGAAAAAGAACAUAUACAGCGUAGAUGAUCUUGACUAUCGUGAAUUACUGAUCGCACAGAAGAAGAGAAUUUUGGCUCGGAUGUGGGAAGAAGAACGUCGUCUUCAAAAGGAAAGUGAAUCAUCUUUGCUGAGAGAAGCCGAAAAAGACGAAGAUUGGAGUGACGUGGAGGUACCAGAAGAAGUAAGAGAAGGAGUAGAAGCAGGGGGAGACGAAGUUGGGGAAAAAGAAGAGGUAGACGAAGAGGUAGAUUAA